AUGUCCGUCGCUACCGACGUCCCCCUCCGCGAACAGUCACACUUAAACAUUCAGCAAUCCGCUCACCCCGACCCCGUUGUCGAGGACAGACUUUGCCCCGGUUGCAAGAAAUCCGCCGUCAACGAGCAAGGGGGCCUCGUCGUCGCCUUUGGGUCAUCAUUCUUCCAUGUUGAUUGCUUCAAGUGUGCGAAAUGUCACAACCAGGUAACCGCCGACACAAACCUCCUCCUCCUAUCCGACGGCUCCCCAAUCUGCGCAAACUGCUCAUACUCGUGCAAUGUCUGUCGCCAACCCAUCCUCGACGAGGCCAUCAUGGCCGGUGAAGACUCCUACCAUGCUCAUUGCUUCAAGUGCAAGGUCUGCAAGAAUCGCAUCGACGAGCUGGUGUUCGCCAAAACCAGUCAGGGGAUCUAUUGUAUGAAAUGCCAUAACGAACGCAUGAUCAGAAUACGGAAGCACGCUCAGAAGAAGGCGGACAGGGAAAAGGCCCAGGGCGGUAGUGGAUCCUCAAAGUCGCGCGAAAGGGAGGCCAGAAACUAUCAUCGCGAAAACUCGCCGACAAAGCAACACACUCUCCCCGUUCCUAACAACGGUAUCGGCCGGAAUUCCAGGAGGAGUGUCAGUUACGACGACGGCCUCAAGCCUGUGGAAGGAAAUCCAUCUGAAUUCGGCGCAUCUCCGUCAUCUAGCUCUAAUAGUUUAUCAGUUACCUCCCGUCGAGACAAGCGACGCUCAAUCAACCCCGGCCUGUCUUUGAACCCAUUCAACGCCUCUUCACUGUCGCUUGCAACAUCUACUACAUCACCGCGAUCAGAAACAUUCCAUGACGCCCGCUCUACCCCACCCCCGCAGGAUCAGAUUAACGACCCCCGUAACGCCAAAAGGACAUCCCAUGCAGACUCGAUGCAUAGUCUGCACUCUCUACAUUCUAACCACAGUAAAUCCCGUUCUCCCUCACCAUCCAUCACGACCCAAGACUACGAUCAACAAGACGAAACCGUUGUGCUCAAAUCACCCAUCCUAGAUACGUUCAAUUCCACCCCAAAUCCAGGUGGUCCCCACGGGGAGCGGAUGUCGGCAGGCCUGAGUCCAAACGAUCCCAGGGCCAACUUUGCAUCACAACAACGACGUCCCAGCCUCGGAACCGACACCUACCGUGCUGGGGGCUCGCGAUCUGCUUCUCCCGCAUAUCGCGCUGAUGUCCCACACAGUGUCGAAAGCGGUACUGACACCGAUGAUGAUGGUCCUGAUGCACUUCCCCCUGCGCCUCCUCCUAAAGACCCCAGGAUAGAAGCUCAAGCCUUUGAGCACAGACAUUCGAUCGACUCUCAGGAUGGUGAUACCUCCCUCGGAAAGGACGACUACUCUGACGCGGAGAUUGAGCGAAACACCCAUUCGACCUACAUUGCCCCUGCCCUCCCUCCCAUCCGCGUUUCUCUCACUAGCGACCUUUCUGACUUCCUGAAUGGCAAGUCGAUCAACGACUUGGCCAAUAUGAACGGUUUGUCCUCUGCGACACCAACUGGCACGGCUGCUGACGGGCUCGCCAAUAUCGAUGAAGAGGCUUUGACUCCGGAUACGCCUACUGCGGAGGAUUCGUCCGUGGGUCAUGGUUCGUCGAACAAUCAUACCAGUGAAUCGCUUCCUGCUUCGAAUGCAUCUACACCUGCCACGACGGCGAAUGGACUCCAGUCAUCGAAGAGUUCGGUGGUAAGCCAAUCGACGGUUGUACCACCGACCGUCAGCGUCACUGGACCUCGACAGAAGGCCUCUGGGGCAGAUAUCGUUACUACCCGACUUCGGGAGGCGCUCGAGAAUGCGAAGGAGCGGGGAGCACAGCAACUCAAGCUCGAUCGAGCAUUCGUUGAAGCAAUCCUGGGAGCCUUGGAUCAGAGGACGGCGGACCUGAACCAGAUGAAGGCCAAGUUUGAUGGGGUCAAGCGAGCUAGCAAACAGUACAUCGAAGGCUUCAAUGUCGCUCAGACGGAGUACGAUCGAGAGUUGAAGCUGCGCCGAGAUGCUGAGGCAGAAGUGACCCGUCUGCGAGUCUUGCUUUCUGGUCAAGCAGCUCGAUUGUCAGCUUUGAGCGGAGAUUCGAAACGACAGGAGGUCCGACAGCAAAUGACGAAGGAGAUCAGUGACAGUUUAACUGGUCUGGAGCAAGACUUUGCAAGGUUGAAAGCAGAGCGAGAUAUGACCCUUGCUGAAAUGGAGGAGUUGUCAGCGAGCAAGAGUUCUGGACCCGACCCUGCUCCUGCCAACAACCUCAGUCGGACACUAACGAAGCGACUCGACAACAUUAAGAAGGAAUACCAACGCGACCUCAUCCCUCUUCAGAAACAACGAGAGCAGCUCAAUCGCGAGAUUGCGGAACUGAAAGCAGUUCGCGAUGUCUUCCUAGAAGAAACGGCCGUUCUCAACGCUCGAAACGAGGAACUUGCCCAGUUGAGCGCGGUGUACUCUCGUAGGAUGGAUCCCAUCCCUGAGGCGCCGCCGAAGAGUGGGAAUGGUGAUACGCUUCGUGGAGUUACCCGACCACCAGUGGUGCAAGCUCAACAGUCGCUUGCUCCUUCGCUCAGUACAUCGACGAGCAGUACCUCCACGAUGUAUGAAGAGCAGUUCAACCAACAUGUUCGGGCUGAGAUUACGACUCCUGCGAAGAACAAGUUCAAGUGGCCAGGAACUGGUUCGAAAACCAAGGAGGUCACUGUUUCACCUUCGAAUGGGAUGGAGUUUAGCAAGAGCAAGGCGCAUAUCGAGCACAACUUCCAGCAAAUCAGCUUGCUCAACUUUACGAGAUGCAAACAUUGUGGUGAUAAGAUGUGGGGUUCGCAACUGAGGUGCACAGUUUGCUCGACGUCAAUCCACGUGCGGUGUAUCGCCAAUGUGCAGAUCCCUUGUACCCAGAGUGCAGCUGCACCGCCGCCUCGCGAAGAAGCUCCAGCAGCACCACUUCCACCAUCGAUGUUUGGCCGAGAUCUUAUUGAACAGGUCCGAGCUGAUUCCAAGGGCGGCGAACGACGCAUCCCGGUGAUCGUCGAGAAAUGCGUGGAUGCUGUUGAAGCCCUCGCCCUCGACUACGAAGGAAUCUAUCGCAAGACGGGUGGAUCAGGCCAGCAACGGGCUAUCACCGCCCUCUUCGAACGCGGGGACUACGCUGCAUUCGACCUGCAAGAUUCCGACCGGUUCAAUGACAUCUGCAGCGUGACGUCUGUGCUAAAGACAUACUUCCGCUCGCUACCCGUCCCUCUUCUCACGUUUGAUCUGCACGAUCAGUUCAUUUCUUCAAUGGGUAUUAGGGAUACCGAGGCUAAGCAUCAGGCUCUUGUGGAUCUGGUGAAUAAGCUUCCGACAGAGCAUUAUUAUACGCUUAAGAAGCUUAUGAUUCAUCUUCACCAUGUCAUGCUACAGAGCGAAGUGAAUCGGAUGACCGCUCGCAACCUUGGUGUUGUUUUCGGACCGACGUUGAUGAAGUCGAGAGACCCAAGCCAGGAGUUUAGCGAUAUGGCUGGUAAAGCGCUCUUCAUCGAGUGGUUGAUCGAGAACGCGCCUGUUAUUUUCAACGAGAGUAACUAA